AUGUCGAGUCGGCAGCUAAAGAAGCUGCAGAAGCAGAAGGAGCUCCUCAAGCUGCAGGAGCUCGCCGGCAACGAUGAGGAGUCGUCAGAAGAGGAGGUCGCACCGCCCAAGCCUCGCACAAGCGCGUUUGCCGGAUUUGCAGCACUAGGCGGCGACGACGUCGAUGAAAGCGACGACAAGUCCGAUCAAGAAGGGCAGUGGCAGGAGGUAGCAGAAGAGCAAGAGGAGGAGGAAGUCCCGAAACCGGCGCCGGCGAAGAAGAACAAGAAGCCCAAGAAGAAGAAAAAGGCAAAGAAGGCCGAGACUGCGCCGUCGGAGGAAAAGGAAGACAAGGCAAAGGGCGGGCUGGACGAGAUCGACCUGGCGCUGAAGGAGCUGAGCCUGAAGCCGCAGCCGCAGGCCACGGCAGGACACGAGACGCACGCGAACUACGAUAUCGACCUGGCGCGACUUCUGAGCGUGAACUUCGACCACCUGAAAGUAAUUAAUGAGCUAAGGGCGAUGUUCGGCCAGGAAACGAUCGACUCGGUCCGCAGCCAGGAGGAGACGCAGGCCCGGGACGACCGGCGGAGGAACCAGCGGCGCGGCCACAUUGACGUCAACAUGGAGAUGUACCUUAAGGGAAAGCCCGGCGAGAAGAUACCCGAGGUUGUGCUGAGGAAGAACCCCUUUAUGCAAGGCAAAGACUUCUGGCCACGGGCAUCUGCCGGUGGGCUGAAGAUGCAGGCCGUCACGGAUGAGAGGGUGGAGCCGACGGAGUACAGAUUCACGCACGACCGGAGUUAUGGGCUGCUCGAGAUGCAGUUUUACAGCUUGGUAGACAUGAUGGACCCCAUGCGGAUCGUCCACUUCGUGCACGACAACCCAUACCACGUCAACUCGCUCGUGACGACGAACAAGGUAGCUAUCAGGGAUUCUAACGCGGCCCUCGCAGCGGACCUUCUGGAGCGGGCUCUGUUUACGUUCGGGCGAGUCACCCUGUCCUCCUUCAGGAAGAAGCUGGAGAGGGGUGUGGCCAGAAUGGACUUUAGGCGGCCGGAGAACAGGCAGUUCUGGCUCGCUGGGUACCAUUACAUCAAGAGCCUGUUGCAGAAGGGAACCUACAACACCGCGCUGGAGUGGACCAAGUUGUUCCUCAGUCUUUCACCGAAUGACGAAUAUGGCAUGCUGAACUUCACCCACGUCCUUGCGAUCUACGCAUACGAGUCGGAAUGGUUCAUCGAGCUCUGCAACUCCUCCUACUUCAACAGCGACGAGUACGACCUGCCGAUGAAGGACUACUACAGGCAGAGUUGCGUCCUGGCGAAGCUCCUGAUCAACGACCGGGAAGGGGCGCUCAAGGACCUCGUCCACGGCAUGGAGACGCUGCCGUGGCUCUACUCGUCGCUCUGCAGCGCGGUUAACAUCGACACGCCGAAGGCCAUCUGGGGCGUGCAGCCGCGCAACGACGACGACGCGCUGUACACGGAGCUGUACAUACACAUGGCCAAGGACUUGUGGAAGAAGGAGCGCGACGCGAUCCCGCUGCUCAAGGAGGCGGGCGGGCUGGCGAAGAAGCCCAACGUGAGCUCGCUGCCGCCGGCGCAGGAGGUGCCGCUGAGCAUCGGGCGCUUCAUCUACCUGGACAACACGCCGGAGCUGAUGGGGCUGGUGCCGCCCGACAUGCUGCACGCGUCGCCGAACUUCGACUACGACCCGCUGCCGCCUUCAAAGGAGGAGAACAUCUUCUCCAACGAGUGGCAGGAGUACCCAUGGAGCAGGUCGGAGCACCCAGAGCGGUACACAGGGGCGGGCGGCAUAGAGAAUCUGUUGCAGGAGGCGCAAAGGGCGCUCCAGCAGCAGCGGGCGGCGCAUGGCCUGCAGGCGGACGCGGAAGGCGACGCUGGCGGAUUAGACGGCGAGGGCGCCGAGGCCAUCGGGCCCGAGGAGCAGGGGCUGCUGGGGAGGCUGGCCAACAUGCUGCUGCCGGUGUGGAUGGCGCGGGGCGGCCAGGGCCAGGUGAACGAGGAGACGAUCGAGGACAUGGUGAGGGAGCUGGCAGGCGAGGACGGGAACCCAUGGGCGGACUGGCCCGAGGAGGGUGAUGACGGCGACGAGGAUAGCAUGCCCGAUCUGAUCCCGGGGGCCUUCCCCGAGGACUCACCCGAGGUCCACCCAAGUCACGGCCGAGAUGGCGAAGACGAUGGCGACGACGACGACGACCUGCCGCCUUUAGAGCCGGCUGGGCGGGGCCACUGA